UUUGUCAUUUUCUAAAAUGCAAAGAGCUCCCUCCUCUCUAUAAAUACGAGUCCCUCUGUUUGUCUCUGGGUCGUCGCCCUCUAUCUCACAGGCUUUCAGUCAUGGCUGUUGGAAAGGAAGAGGUGGAGAUAGUGAAGGCGCGCACGGACAAGAGGGAGUACAGGAGGAUUGUCCUCAAGAACUCCCUCAAGGUCCUCCUAAUCAGCGAUCCCGACACCGACAAGUGUGCUGCUGCCAUGGUUGUGGGCGUGGGCUCGUUCAGCGACCCCGAAGGCCUCGAGGGACUCGCCCAUUUUCUCGAGCAUAUGCUGUUUUUUGCUAGUGAGAAAUACCCAGUGGAAGAUAGUUACUCCACGUACAUUACAGAGCAUGGUGGCAGAACAAAUGCUUUUACAUCUUCAGAGCACACCAACUAUCAUUUUGACGUUAACGCUGAUGGUUUUGAAGAGGCUUUGGACAGAUUUGCUCAGUUCUUUAUUGGACCUUUGAUGUCAGCUGAUGCUACCACGAGGGAAAUUAAAGCUGUUGAUUCUGAGAAUCAGAAAAACUUGUUGUCUGAUGCUUGGAGAAUGUACCAGCUUCAGAAACAUUUUAGUAUGGAGGGUCAUCCUUUUCAUAAAUUCAGCACAGGGAACUGGGAUACCUUGGAGGUUAGACCAAAAGCAAGAGGAAUUGAUACAAGACAUGAGCUUAUCAAAUUCUACGAAGAAAAUUAUUCUGCCAACCUUAUGCAUCUGGUUGUAUAUGCUAAAGAAAAUCUUGAUAAAAUUCAAAACCUGGUGGAGGAAAAGUUCCAGGACAUUCGAAACACUGAUCGAAGUUCUUUCCAUUGUCCUGGUCAGCCUUGUGCAUUGGAACAUUUACAGAUUCUUGUCAGAACUGUCCCUAUAAAAGAAGGUCAUAAAUUGAGAAUUAUAUGGCCAAUAACUCCGGAGAUUCACCAUUACAAGGAAGGGCCAUGCAGGUACCUUGGUCAUCUUAUUGGCCAUGAAGGAGAAGGAUCUUUGUUUUACAUCUUGAAAGCAUUGGGAUGGGCCACGGGAUUAUCUGCAGGUGAAGCAGAUUGGGAUUUGGAGUUUGCAUUUUUCAAAGUAAUAGUUGAUCUUACUGAUGCUGGUCACGAGCACAUGCAAGAUAUUAUAGGAUUGCUAUUCAAAUAUAUUCACCUUGUACAGCAGUCCGGCAUUUGCAAAUGGAUAUUUGAUGAGCUUUCAGCUGUUUGCGAGACAACGUUCCAUUAUCAAGACAAAAUUCCUCCUGUAGAUUAUGCGGUCAAUGUUGCAACAAAUAUGCGGAUUUAUCCCCCAAAAGAUUGGCUGGUGGGGUCAUCACUGCCUUCUAUAUUCGGUCCAGGCACUAUUCAGAUGGUACUGGAGGAGCUCUCUAUUGACAAUGUCCGAAUCUUUUGGGAAUCAAAAAACUUUGAAGGUCAUACAGACAAAGUUGAGCCAUGGUAUGGAACUGCAUACGUCAUUGAGAAAAUUACUGGCUCCAUGAUUCAGGAAUGGAUGCUAUGUGCCCCUAAUGAAAAUUUGCAUUUACCAGCACCCAAUGUGUUCAUUUGCACUGAUCUUUCACUUAAGAGUGCUCAAGAGAAGGUCAAAUUUCCAGUUCUGUUAAGAAAGUCAUCGUAUUCAAGAUUAUGGUACAAGCCUGAUACAAUGUUUUCUACUCCUAAAGCAUAUGUUAAGAUAGAUUUCAAUUGUCCCCAUGCUGGCAACUCUCCUGAAGCAGAAGUUCUGACUGAUAUUUUUACACGGUUAUUAAUGGAUUACUUGAAUGAAUAUGCUUAUUACGCACAGGUUGCUGGUCUAUAUUAUGGCAUACACCAUGCAGAUUGUGGUUUUCAGGUGACUCUGGUUGGUUACAAUCACAAACUGAGGAUUUUAUUGGAAGCUGUAGUGAAAAAAAUUGCAAGCUUCAAAGUAAAACUUGACAGGUUUUCUGUGAUGAAGGAAAUGGUUAUGAAGGAGUACAAAAAUUUCAAGUUCCAACAACCCUAUCAGCAGGCUAUGUACUAUUGCUCUUUAAUACUGCAAGACCACACAUGGCCUUGGAUGGAAGAACUUGAGGUUCUUCCACAUCUUGAAGCUGAAGAUCUUGCAAAAUUUGCUCCAGUGAUGCUCUCAAGGGCAUUCCUUGAGUGUUAUAUAGCAGGAAACAUUGAAACCAGUGAAGCAGAAUCGAUGAUCCAGCAUAUUGAAGAUGUUUUAUUUAGUGGUCCAAACCCUGUAUGCCAACCUUUAUUCUCAUCGCAACAUGCGGCAAAUAGAGUUGUUAAACUUGAAAGGGGCAUGAGUUACUUCUACCCUGCAGAAGGGCUUAAUCCUAAUGAUGAGAAUUCUGCCCUCGUUCACUAUAUUCAGGUUCACCGUGAUGAUUUUGUGCUGAAUGUGGAGCUUCAGCUUUUUGCCCUCAUUGCAAAGCAACCAACCUUCCACCAGCUUAGAACAGUUGAGCAGCUUGGGUAUAUUACUGUGCUCUUGCAGAGGAAUGAUUCUGGUGUCCGUGGAGUGCAGUUUAUCAUCCAAUCCGCAGUAAAGGGUCCAGGAGAUAUUGACUCAAGAGUUGAGGCAUUUCUCAAGACAUUUGAGAGUAAACUUUAUGAGAUUACCAGUGAUGAAUUCAAGAGCAAUGUGAAUGCAUUAAUCGACAUGAAGCUUGAGAAGCACAAGAACUUGAGGGAAGAAUCUGGAUUUUACUGGCGAGAGAUUUAUGAUGGGACCCUCAAGUUUGAUAGGAGAGAAUCUGAGGUUGCAGCAUUAAGGCAGCUGGAAAAACAAGAUUUGGUCGAUUUUUUCAAUGAGCAUAUAAAAGUUGGUGCACCUCAGAGGAGGACUUUAAGUGUAGCAGUGUAUGGAAACCGACACAGUUCGGAGUACACGGCAGAUAAGAGUGAACCGCAGCGCUACUCUAUGAAAAUAGACGAUAUAUUCAGUUUCAGAAGAUCACAGCCUCUUUAUGGUUUAUUCAGGGGAGUCUCUGGUCAUGUGAAAUUGUAGAUAUCGAGUUGAGCUGCCCCAAAAUUAGCAAAGAAACAGAUCGAACUUCUGCCAUCUCAAUAUACCAAAGUAGCACUGGAAGAAUAAUGUUGAAACAAAUAUUUUGAAAAUCAAUCACAAAACAUGGAAUGUAUAUGCAUGUAAACUAGUGAUUGCCUAAUAUAUAUGUUUAUACACUCGGUCUAGCACUUUAUUUUGAUUUUGAAAAAAUUAAGGUAAAGAAAAAAACGUAAACCCA